GAUCCCAGGAUCCAAGCGCCAUGGCUGAACCCCAACGGGCCAAGAUCCGUGUCACCGGGGUGGUGAAGCGUUCUUCAGUGCCCGCUGCGGAGGCAUGGUCCCCUGCCCAUCGAGGAAGCACGGCCUCUGCCACUGCUGUGGCAUCCGCAGCAAGGGUGGUUAAUGCCCAGGUGAAUCCCCAGGCCUCUCCUGCGAAGGCUUUGAAUCAGAGUCAGCCCAUCUCCGAACAUUCGAGUAGCACAUCAGUAGCAACACGCGAGCCUUCGCCUGUCACUGGUGAAAAGGCUACGCAAGAGGUGAGGAAGAGGCCCAUCUCCGCACAAAGUCGGGUGGUGGUGUGCAACUUGUCAAAAGAGAACAAGGAGUCAAAGGAUGCUCCAGUGCUUCAAGAAUUGAAGGAUAAAGAGAAGUUGAAGUCUGAGAAUGAACGGCUCAAAAUGGAACUCUCCAAGGCCUUAUCCCCGAAGGAGAAGAAGAUGCUCCUGGCGGAGAAGACGAAUCUCUUGCAGGUCCUGCAAAUCGAAAAGGACUGCCUGGAGAAGAGGUGCGUUGCCUUAGAGAAGCAACUGAUUGUCGAUGCCAAAAUCUAUGAGGAACGACUUCAGAAGGAGCGGGACCAGAGGAAACAACUUGAGGCAGAGAAGGAACUUCUCAACACAAGGUGCCAAACCUUGGAGAAGCAACUGGCACGCCGCGAAAGUGAGGCACGCAAGGUGGGCUGGGCUGACGGACAGAGUCUGGCAGUGGCUGUGCCUGAAAAUCGACCCCACACGGGGAAUUCCAUGAACUCUGGCCUUGUUUCUGCCUCGAACUUCAGUUUCGAGUCGGCCGCCUCGCAUGCAUCCUUCAUUUAUUGCAGCAGCGCCAACUCAUUGAGGUCUGUGGCUGAAUGGGUCUUUCCUUUGCAGAAUCGGAUUUUGCCACCUGAAAAGACCUAUGAUCGUCAGCUGCUGGCUCCAAGCGAUCCAAGACGGCAGUGGUUGGAGGAAUACAUCAACGGAUCUUUGAUGUCUCACCGAAAAACCUACGAGUCGGAGGAGUGGUGCUCCCCUCCGCAGAUCGAGAUUAUUCGCGUCUCCGAGGUCUUUAAUCCAACUGUGAACAAUGCCUUCUAUCAGCAGCUCUCACAAAUGUCCGAGGUCUGGGGCAGCGAGCGGAUGCAGGUUCCGGAACUGCACCGUGCCAUUCCCAUUCGCACUGCCUGGGAUCAGAGCAGAAUGAACGAGGUUUUGCUUUUCCACGGCUGCAAGUGGGAUUCGUUGUUCGGCAUCUUGCGUGAAGGAUUCGAUCCUCGCCUGGGUGGCGUCAACACCGGCGCGGCCUUCGGCAUCGGCUGCUACUUCACCACUGUGGCUUCCAAAGCGGACGCCUACACAGAACGCUGGGACGAAUGGGAGGGGCGGCCCAACUGCGAGAUCCCCUCAGAGCUACGCUGCUUACUGGUGGCGAGAGUUGCCCUUGGGGAGGUCUUCGAGAUGUUUGAAGCCGACUCUUCAUUGCGGCGACCCCCGGUGGGACCCAAUGAGGUCCGUUGCGACUCGGUGCUAGGUGUGCCAAGACAGAGGGGAGGCGUUGUGGAUUACGAUGAGUUUGUGAUCUACAAACAGGCCCAAGCUGCGCCGCAGUUUAUUGUGGACUACAAGCACACCGAAUGUUGCACUUGUCGGAGUUGCAUGGCAGAUAGUCCCUAAGAAACAGCCAUGAUAGGUCUCAAUCCCAGUU